AUGGGUGACUUCAACGCUAUACCAUCGUCAAGUAUAGAUAGAAAUAACAAUAACCAAUUCAACAUUCCAGAGAGUGAAAUUUUUUCAAUAUUAACAGGAAAAGACUUAAUUAACAGUUAUAGAAUCAUAUACCUUGAUUCCAGCGAAUAUUUCACGGAGCAACUUGAAUUAGUGACAAAAAGUGAUCAUAAAAUAAUACAACUUAAAAUUAAAAAGACGUGGCAAAUACAUCUAGAUAGAGAAGUACAAGAUAAUAUAGGACCUAAAUACAACAUAAAAUUAAUGUGUGACGAAAAAUGGAUGAAGUUUAUAACACAUGUAGAAAAGAAAUUAAAAAUGACCACCAUCUCGUCACGAAAAGAAAAAUAUGGGAUAACAGUCAACUCGUUAAACAAGAACUGGAAAACUCUCAAAAAUAUAAUGAUAGAAGUUGCGGAUUGCGCAAUACCAAAGAAAAAAAUCAAAAAAUUUAACAAAAAAAUCAAUAAAGAAUUCACAGAGAACUAUAAACGUGCAAAAUCAUUUAAUAAACUAUAUCAAUUUAUGAAAAAAGAAAGAACUAAAUCAGUUAAAUACAUUAAAUCACAUGACAAGUUUUUGAAAGAAAAGAAAAAACUAUCAGUACUUAAUAUUGAAAUUGAAAAAAUUUUAAUAAAUAAUAGGAAAUAUGAGGAAUUACUAUACAAAUUUAAAGAACAAAGUAUACGUUUUCAAACAAUUGCAAGAGCAGAAAAAAAGAAAGAAAACUUCAAAAAAAUUCAAAAAGCCAUAGAAGAAAGAUGA